AUGGCCCGCAAGAACGCCAAGAAGGUCAAGUCGGCCACCACAGCCACGACAAAAGAGGUCGUGGACACGAAGACCGACGCCAAGAAGCAGGAGGAGCCCGCUCCCCCAGCUACGGGAUCGUUCGGAUGGGUGCUCAAGAUCAUCGCUGUGGUGGCGGCUGUGGGUGUGACGUACUUCCUUCGCCAACUGGACGUUGAGAUCGUGCGCGCCGCCCACUACAUCGCCCGCACUGAUGUGACGGAGCACCGACGCUUUAACAUCACGUGUGCACCGAUGAGGAAAUCCGACCUGUUCGUGCCGGGCUGCCACCAGGAGAACGAGACCAUGUGCGGCCGCGCUCUAAUCGACAGCUUCGUGACGCCCAAGCAGGUGACGCAACUGCGCACGAUCGCCGAGAUCGGCAUGCAGAACCGCUCGAAGCUCGGCGGUCCAACGAUCAUGGACAUCAACACGGGCUUCGUCCGCGACAGCGAGGGGUUGGUGAACAUCUACCAGCCUGAGCAGAGGAUUCCCAACGAGGACAAACCGGGCGUCAAGCGUUUCACCAAGAAGCAAUUCGGCCUGUAUCGUGGCGUUGUCGAGAAGAUCCGAUUAGCUGUGAUGAAGGAGUUCGGUCUCGAAGAGCUGUAUUUCUCGGCGCCUACAUUCAUGACUCGCUUGAUUGGCAACGACUCCUGGACUCCCUCUGAGAUCCACGACGAGUACUGGCACCCGCAUGUGGACAAGGAGAACACGAAGCACUACGACUACUCGGGCCUUUUGUACCUCGCGGACUACGGCGAGGAGUUCACUGGUGGACUCUUCUCGUUCAUCGACGAAAACUCGGAAACGGUUGUGGAGCCCGCACGUGGCCGUCUCAUGAUGUUCACGGCUGGGGCAGAGAACUUGCAUGUAGUGCGCAAGGUGGAGACCGGUACGCGUUAUGUUUUGAGUCUGUGGUUCUCAUGCGAUGAGCGCAAGCAGUUCCACAACUUCCUGGAUGGCAACAUGCACAAAUACUUUAGACGCACGUAG